AUGGCUCCAAGCAGAGAUUCACAUACAGUUUUCUAUGCCUAUGGGGCUGAAAAGGUUCCAGUCACAGCGAUCAUAUUUAGCAGUCCCAAGCCUGGUGCUGAGUGGGCAUGGCUUUCAAACCUUUACGAGGAGAAAUUUGUUGACGAUGAAGGAACGGUUUACCGGUCCGCUGAGAAUUAUUUCCAAGCGGCAAAAGCGUGGAUGAUGAAAGAUAAAGUCAUUUUCCGCAAACUGGUUGAUUGCGCUCCCAAUAAAGCAAGAACAGAAGUCAAGAAAAUCCUCAACUUUGAUACGACUAAGUGGAAUGAGAUUUCAAGUAGCAUGAUGGCUAAUGCCCUUUACUAUAAAUAUCGACACAAGGACUCAUGGAUACAGGCUUUGGUCAAUACAGGAAAUGGGUUGAUUGUUGAGGCCAGAGAUGAUGUGGUUUGGGGCUCGGGACUUACCAAACCUCAGACGUUGAAAACUAAAAUCUGCGAGUGGCCCGGGGAGAAUAAGUUAGGUCAUUUGUUGAUGGAGAUCCGCUUACACUUCAGAGAUCUCUUGCAUAAUGAGAAUUCCGCAACCAGUAGCGGCAGCAUCAGCAGUACACAAAUAUCCAAUGCCGCCGCAACGGUUAAUGCCGUCAGUUCCAAUGGUAUGAGGUUUGGUCCGGAGCCCUUACCAGUACCGACACCAAAUAUGCGACCAGGGACCAGUCCAGAUGUUGUGCAAGAGGCAGAAAUAAGUGGAAGUUCUGUGCCCAUGGAUGUGGAUGUCCCCAUCACAUCAACUUCCGACACCGAUCUGAAUGCGAAUCACAACGCCUCCGCGCCAGGCAGUGAUGAUGAUGUCACUGCUACACUCCAUGCUACAGGCGAUGCAAAUGUUGGAAACAAGGCUGGCGAACUUGAGGCGAUUAGCACAGUCGACCAAAUUUCGGAAGAACAAAAGUUGGCAGAGACAAGAGCAAGAGCUGAAGCCGAUUUACAACGAGAAAAUGAAAAGCAACGCGCUGAACAAUUCGCCAUAUUAUAUGAGAAAGAAAAAGAGCUGGCGAGACUGAAGCAGGAGGAAUAUCGGAGACAACAUCCGCCAGCGCCAGUCGAAAAAGCUCCCAAGAUAUAUGAUACUGACGACUCUGAUUCAUCUGACGUAGAAGAAGAGAUGUUGGAGGAAGAGCAAACUGAUAAACCGGAGCCCGCCUCUACCAAGACUAUAAAAAUCCGUUUGUUUUCAAAAAGCAAAGAAACUCAUCCACCUUCCACUCAAAAUAAUUCAGCAAGAAAGGCGCCGGUGUUGUCAACCCCCGCAAAGAGAAGGGCUGACACGGAUUUUGUACCCAAGACACCAAAGAAGUCGAAGAAGGCCGAUCUUGUACCCAAGCCACCAAAGAUGUCAAAGAAGGCCGAUGUUGUACCCAAGACACCCAAAAAGUCAGAGGCGAGUGGUUUCAAAGCUCUCGGAAUCACCCCUCCACCGACUCCAGCAAUUCGAAAGUCCCGUAGAAAGGCUGCAUUGGCGAGCGAGAACAAAACAAAGUCAUUGGCAAAGGAGAACGAGUGAUUUUUUGACACUUGAUGCUUAGUUGCGUGAAGAUGCUAGGUCAGGUGCUUACUUACUAGGGGUUAUCCUUAUUUAUCUAUUUUUCAUUUUUCAUUUUUCAUUAGUCGUUUCACAGAAUUUCGGGGCAUUAUUAGUUUAUUUGAGACCAUUUCGAUCAGCAAGGAACGAUAUGUUCAGGGGCAUAAUAUCACAAAAUGACAUGAGGAGAGAACAUGAGGAGAGAACA